CUAUAUCUUCACAUGGCACCCAGAGCUUCCUGCCAAAGCCAUGCAUAGAAGCCUCUUCCCAAAAUGUGUCACUGGGUACAUGGAAACAUCAUGCCCUUGAGAAUUUACACGUAAUGAUAAACUGGGACAGUGGUAGAAAGAAUGAAGCACAUCAGAAGUUUCAUGCAGGACGUGGUCCAAAUGAGACGACUGCCCAUAGUAAGAACCUCAUGGCCCCAAGUGGUGAAGGACAUAAAACAUCUUGGAAAACCGCCCUUUUUACAUCCACUAUUUGUGCAAAGCAGUGUGCAUCUGUAAGCAGAAGUUCCAAUCAAACAUGCAAACAUACAUAUUUGUGCAAAGAAAAUUUGGAACAUUUGGAAAGUUACCUCAUCCACACUGAAAACAAUGCUGUGAACCAUUGUGAAAGUGGGAUUGGAUUGACCUUUCAGUCAAAUAUUUCUAAAACUCAGACAUUCAAAAAUGAAGAUAAAAGACCUAGGACGUCUCAAUUUGGGAGGUACUUCACAGAGGAGGUGACCCUGCAACAUUACCAGAGUAUUUUCAAUGGAGCUACACUGGCUCAAUACAGUGAAUCUGAGACACAGUCUAACCAGGGCUCUCAUGUUAGCAAACGUCUGAGGACUCUGCAAGAAAACCAUUUUGAAUCUAACAAAGGUGAGGAAGUGUUUUAUCCAAACUCCAAAUAUACCAACAGUAAGAGUACACAGAGGGGAGAAAUUACUUCUAAAUAUGAUGAAUGUGGGAAAGCUCUGAAGCAGUCCUCCAGUAUUGCUGAUCAUCAGAGGAUUCAUGGGGGUGGAAACCCAUACACAUAUAGUGAAUCUGGGAACAUGUGUAAUCAAUCAUUAAGCCUAAAUACAUAUAAGACAAGUGGUACUGGAGAGAAAAGGUACAUCGGCAAGGAAUGUGGCAAAACCUUUGACAGGCACUCGACACUAUCUCAACAUCAGCAAACGCAUACUGCAAAGAAAAUUGACAAAUGUGAAGAAAGUGGUCAAACCUUUAAGGAUGGGUCAUCACUCCAUGCAGACAGGCGAAUCUGUACUGCACAGAAACCUUACAAAUGUCAACAAUGUGGCAAGGCCUUUAGCCAGCAAUCAUUGCUUAUUCAGCAUCAAAGAAUCCACACUGGAGAGAAACCUCACAAAUGUCAAGAA